UAGGACCCCGAGGCUUUCCUGGGAAGAUGAUAAUCAAUCCCAAUGCUACACAACUGCAAUCUGCCUUCUCUGUCCGUCUGGGCGAGUACAGCCCAUCCGCAAAUAAAAUAAUUACUUUCCAUGAAGUGAUCUACAACAAACAGAACCUCUACAGCCCAACAACGGGCCGGUUUACGUGCCUCAUCCCCGGGGUCUAUCAGUUCAACUUUCUUAUCAUAUCCUCGGUCAGUGUGGGUGACGUGGACCUGAUGGUCAACACAAAGAUGGUGCUGCGCGGUUUCAAGGUUUUCCAGGGAGGUAACCACUUGUCGUCAGGUGACACGGUGCUCGAGCUGAAGGCGGGGGACAGCGUGUGGCUAGAGGCCAGCAAGGGAACAGUCGGCCUGAGCACCAGUAGCUACAUCUCAGGACACCUGGUCUUUGCCGAGUGAGACAAACGCUCACCAGACCAAACCCCAUCUGCACUGAUCUUCAAAUUACAUUAUUUUAUCUAUUUGCUUACUUUUCUACCUUGCGUCCUACAACUGUAGGUUCUAACAAAUAUUUGAUAUAAACGUGCUGCGUGCUAAACAUGAUUUUUUAUGAACUCUGUCAAACCGUUACAUCUGUUGGACCAACAUUAAUUUUAGUGAUGUUAUGAAGUUUGGCAUUGGGAAUGUUUUGUCCUUUCAUAUUUCCUGUUCUAUGAAUAAAUGUUUUACCCUGACCUGCA